AUUUUGCCAGUUUGUUCUUACAUUCGGUUCGAUUCGGUCGCGUUCUCUCCCUACAGCUUAAAGUCAAGUGGACUAAGUGGCACUCAAUUGUAUCCAAAGCGGUGGAGAUACUCUCCCGGAUAUCGUGUAGCGUUGGAGGGAUUGAUAUUAAGGUACUGGUUGCAUCGGUGUAAGCUUAAAGUGCCAGUUUAGUUUUAUUUCGAAGAAAAUCUAUGAAAUGAAACGAAGUUGCAACGUGGAACUUGAAAAUAAUGGUUCAUCUGUAAACGGAAACGAUGAGAUAGUAUUACAACAAAUCAACGUAACCCAUGCUCUGUGAUAGAUAAUAGUGAACUGACGAUUGCCCGUACGCACAAUGGGAAGGCGAAAAGAUGUGCUUGUGUUCUUAGUAUUAACAGUGUAUUGUUUUGGUAUCAUCGAGGCGGAGAAAAGAAACCCCUUGAAAGAUCCUCGGAUAUGUGGGCGACCGCAAUGUCAUGAAACAAACAACAAAUUUAGGUAUCAACAGCAUCGACUUUACAAGUAUGACUACGCAAUGUACGUUAAAACCCAGUUCUCUGGGAGUGGAGAAAAUUCUUCAGAGCUGCAUCUUAUAGCAGCAGUAGAAAUUGAUUUUCCAAAGCCUUGCCAGGGAUUGUUGAAGUUGCACUCCAUAGAGGUGCGUGAUCGACCACUGCCGGUAGUUGAAGAGCAAGACUUCGAGUAUGGCGCUGAUUACGUCGAACCUCCGCCAGAGGUUGAACUGCAUCCGAAGAGUGAUGCUAUUGCAGAAGACCUGAUGCGAUUCGAGCUGAAGUUUGCAUUUCACGAUGGUGUGGUGGGUGAAAUCUGCCACGAGGAGGAAGAACCCGUGUGGACCUUGAACUUGAAACGUGGUAUUUUGUCGUCGUUCCAAAACAGUAUGCCUCGCUUUGACAUCGAUUAUCACACAACGGAAACGGACGUAUCUGGAGUGUGUGGUGUUACGUACACGAUGAGUGGAUCGAAGGGAACAAGUCUAUCGAUUAGGAAAACAAAGGAUAUUGAUUCUUGCAAAAGGAGAUACAAGACGAAUUCUCUCAUCCAGACAGUACCCUACGAAUUCAGACCGAACUAUGUUGCUUGGCCAAUUUUGAAUUCAACCAGCUACUGUAAUAUUUCGGUUGAUAACUUCGUUUACAAGGAAGCUAUUUGCUACGAGCGACAUCAAUUGGUUCCAUUUUCAAACGGGCAAGCAGGUGCGGUAACGGAAUCAUUCAGCAAACUAACCUUGGCUGACGAAGAAUCGUACUCGCCGGAGGAGCAGACUCCCGAUGAUGAUUAUGAGAUUCAGAAACGAUCUAGUCUCAUCUACGAUCAUACACCGUCGGUUCGGGAUAGCCACGAUGAGAUUAAAGCCUCUCGUGAACUGCUGAAAGAACUUUGUCGACAAGGUUUUCCAGAUAUUCAAAGAAACUUUCCAGAUGUAUUUUUGAGUUUUCUGUCCACCACAAGGGUGCUGUCGUUUACUGCACUUUCACAGCUACUCUAUCGAUCAAAAAGUAUCUGUGAGAAUGGAAAGAAUCAUGUUUUGGAAAGCCUUCCAUACAUUGGAAGUCCGGCAUCGGUGACGUUGAUGAAGGAUCAAAUCGUUAAAGAUCAAAUACCAGCUGAUCUCGCCAAAAAAUGGAUGGAGUCUUUUGCUUAUCUCACAAGACCAAAUGAAGAUGUGCUUGAAGCCAUGCUCGAACUGAUGGAGCAUGGAAAGGAGAUAGGCGAGAAGAAUUACAUUCUUGCUGCUACUUCUGUGGGAAAUACGUUCUGUAAAGUCAACCCCGACUGUGACACUAGUGAUGGUAUUCAAGCAAUUAUACAAUUUUUGGAGAGCAACGUACAAGAAAAACUACAGGAAAGCUCAACGUGGACGAGAAAGGAACGUGAAAAUGUUAUAGUGUUGUUGAAAGGUUUGGGUAAUAUUGGAGUCAUCAGCACGGAAUUUUCUCUAGAACUUCGAGAAAUGAUUGAAAACGAGAAAUUGCCCAUGGAGAUCCGCUUACAAGCGCUCUAUGCUUUCCGCAGACACGAUUGCGUCAGAACGAGAAAUUAUUUCCUUAAGUUGUAUUCGAACUUUGAGGGCGACGUUGAGAUUCGAAUCGCUGCUUACCAACAAGCUAUGCGAUGCCCUGAUUACCUUUCUGUCAAGUGGAUUAAGCAUAUUUUGAAAACGGAAGAAGUCAAUCAAGUCGGGGCCUAUGUUUGGUCGCAUCUUUCAAAUAUAGCUAGUAGUGCCUCGCCCGUGCGGGUUGAAGCCCAAGGUUUGUUGGCCGAUAAUGACCUAGGUAAAAAGUUCCGACUUGAUAUUCGAAAGUUUUCGCGAAACUAUGAGCACACAAUGUUCUUUGAUGAAUACAACUUUGGAACGACAGCAGAUGCAAAUUUGAUCUUCAGUACUGACUCAUAUUUACCAAGGACUGUGUCGAUGAACUUGACGGCCGAUUUAUUCGGAGAGUCAGUUAACUUCCUGGAGUUGAAUGCUCGUGCAGAAGGUUUUGAAUAUUUGGUGGAGUCUAUUUUCGGCCCUACUGGACCACUGAAUGCGAAAAAGGUAAAGGAAUACACCUCAGCUGUAACAUCAUUUUUGAACUCAGAUUCCGAAGAAGAGGAACAAUCUAUUAGUCAGCUUCGUCUGAAAAGAGAUUCAGACGACGAAGAAAGCUACUUAUUCGAAGAAGAUGAACAAAACACGCGUCCAAAACGACAAGCACGUACGCCGGCGAUGAUUACGAAAGACGUUCACGAGCAGAUCGACGAUAUGGGCUUCAAAAUGAAAUCGGACUUCAAAGAUCCACAUGCUUCAAUUGGUUUGAAAAUUUUUGGCAACGAUCUCAAAUAUUACACAAUAGAAGGAUUCGCCGAAACGCUAAAGGCAGCAGAGCAAAUUAACCCGUUGAACUACUUAAAAAACAUUCUAUCUGGAAAAGAGGUAGCCUUUACGAAAUCAGGCGUAUUCUUGGAUACCUCGUAUGAUGUUCCACUGAGUACUGGAUUUCCGUUGGCAUUGAGUGUCAUUGGGGCCUCGUCAGUAGAUCUACGCAUGUCGGGCUCCUUCCGAGCUUCCGAUGUGUGGACCUCAUCGCGUAUUGUAGAUGUGGAAGGAAAAAUCAAACCUAGCGUAUCCGUUGAUAUCACUGCCACAAUGAAGACUGAUUUCAUCCAUACAUCGACGGGAAUCAAAGUAAAAAGCAAUUUGUUCUCAAGUUCAACGCUGGAAACUAAACUGAAGAUGCGCGGAAAUCGUCUGGUUUCGUUACAAUUCAGUCUGCCCCAAGACCGUAACGAAAUUUUUAGCGUUAGAUCAGAAAUGCUGGUUUUCGACGAUAACAGGGAAAUACAACAGAAGGGCAUAGAUCGCCGCUAUUCCAACUCUACAUGCACGUGGCCAGUUGUUGAUCGUGCAAUUGGUCUGAAACUGUGCGCCGACUACAGCUUACCGGAUGUGAGUAACAAUAGUAACGUCCCCAGUUUGAUUUUAAGUGGACCGGUUAUCUUAGACAUAAGUCUGUUGAAAGCAGAUCCAACGGCAAAAGUUUUCCUAUUCCAAUACAAUUGGGAAACUCAUGAAAACAUUUCGACGGGAUCAGUUAUAUUUGAAACACCGCACUCCCAAAUACCUCGAAUCUUCAUUGCUAACAUCACUGCUGACGGAGAAGGAUAUAGUGUUUCAAUGGGUUUCCGAAAUGGAGAAACUUCCCACUCAGCCGUCGGAAUUUACAAGAACAACAAAGAUCAGAGACGUUUGGAUAUGUCGUUAAACGUCAAUGACCGCAAGUAUCUGGCACUGGAGAUGGGGUAUAACAAAACUGAAAUCAAGUAUGGAAUGAUCUACAGCCCUUCGUUGUUCCUUUCGGUCAACAACGAACGUAUCGCGGGAAUGGCCGGCCAAAUCAAAAUGAUCGACAAGAAGAACGUCAAGCAAUGGGACUAUACGCUACAAUUUGAGACCAAACGAGUACAGGCAAAGGUGAUAGGCAACGUUCAGCAGACGCAAGCCUCGAUCACAAGUAAACUAUCAAUGGACUACAGGUUCAUCAACAGCAAAUCAGAGCGACUGACCCUGGGAGGAGUGUUCUCCAACAGAAGUAAUCGAGGUCGCACCGAAUAUCACGGAUCUUUCGAUCUUCGUUCCACGGCGUAUCCACAUUUCGACUUUGCCACGGCGAUGAAGUUCCUGUCCGCGAUGGGUCACAUCGAGUGCAAAGUGGACUACAACAAUGCACCAGAUCUGAGCGAUCCCAAUUACACCACAACAGUUCGGUUAAUAUUUGCCCGCCAUCAUGAUGCAAAUGUUGAACGAACCACCGCAUCGAUGGAGCUGACUAGGCCGCGAUCGAAAACGGAUUGGAAGGCGAUGAUUAAACACGAGCAAAACAUGAAGAAGGGAACGGAACACAAUUUCCUGGUACUGUUGCGAUACGCGAAAGACAAAGACAUCACUGCAGUGUUUUCUAUGUACAUGCCACGAGGAAUAUUAUUCGCGAUCGAUGCUGUCUCCAAUAUUACCGUUCCCGGAUUUGAAUCAUGCACGAUCAACCUAAAGAUCAAGGAGAAGGCCCGCAAAGAGUAUUAUUUUGACUUCAAUGGAAUCUGGUUCUCCGGGCAUUCGAUUAUCGUCAAUGGCUGGUAUCAGGAUCGCAGUUCCUUCAUCAAGAGCUAUCAUCAUGCAAAGCUGGAAGCACAAAGUCCAUCAUUUGGAGACAUAACGACCGAUAUCAAGUAUGUCCGCGACGAGAUCGAGUUCAAGCUGGAUCUGCAUGCGGAGUACGGCAAACAGCCGUACGGAUUGACAAUCAAGCAUAUGCUCGAUGAAGAGAAUGGGACCAACACAUAUGCCGGGUUCCAGUGGCGGGACAGUUUGUAUUCGUUUUCAGCAUUGAUGAAAUCGGCUCCGAUCAAGGAACUGGUUAUUGAACUCCACGUUGAUAGACUUCGUGACAUUAUUUUGAUAUUGAAGGGAUACUCUACUGCACUGAAGCGAGAGAUAGGAGUUGAAAUCAAGUGGGAUGCUAAUCGUGAUCCUACGCAGAAGCUGGCAAUCUCUGGAGAGCUCAAUACUCCUCGGCAUCGCAUAUAUAAUGGAAGAUUCCUUGUGUCCUACCCUAACAGAACUAUUAACGGUGUAUUCGACUUGAAGGCCAUCGAUCCAAACUAUCUGGCAAAUGCUCGCAUAUCUUGGAACACAACUGAAGCCAUUGAACUUAAGCUUGAUGCAGGCUCAGAUGACGAAAUACUCAGAAAUAUGUGGUUACUUUUCAAACUAACAACUCCAUUCGAAGGGUGGCGCUACAAUGCCCUGAAUGGUGGAUUCUAUUUUAAGGAUAACUUGUUGAAAACAAAUCUCACCGCGAAAUGGGCAGAAGAUCAGACGCUUGGUUUCGAAGUGAUGGGUCUUUAUCACUCGAACGAAAACGAUUUGAACUGCGAAAUGAAAACUAAACUGCACAGCUCGAUCCAGCAUGUUCCAACGGUAAAAGUGCACUUCAAGCACAAAUAUGAUUUGAAGCGGAUAGACACUGUUGUAACCGUUAAUCACACCAUAACCGAUGAACCCUCGCAAGUAUUCUCUGUUUGGUCUAGCUGGCAGUUCGAUCAGGAUGAGAUCUACCGCAAUGUGACUGGUUCGCUGGUAUUAGUGAGCCCAUUCGAAGGAUAUAAGAAGGGCGCAUUAUCAACCAAAUUCUCACUAACCGAAAGUAGAGACCUCCGAGGGGCUGCAGAUCUCCAGCUGGAAGAUGAUAAAUACGAUUUGGUGCUGAAAGGCCACGUUCGCAACCUCGUGGAUAACAUGUUGACGAUCAAUAUCACUUCUUCCAAUGAAAAGUUCCGUAACAUAAAUGGCCGUUUUGGAAUAAGCGAGAAGGAACGCCACGCCGUUGCGGAAGUGAUAACUCCGAAAAGCUCGCUCGGUGUGGAAGUUUUGUUCGCAGUAGUUUCUGCGUACAACUUCGACAUCAAAUUCUACUUGGCUACACCCCUGAAAGACUUGGAAAAGGUAAUCCUGAGAGGGAAGCUUAAACCAGAUAAUGUCGAUUUUCGAGCUGGUUUGAACAGCUUGAUCAUUGGGUUUGUCGGAGUUUGGCGCAAGGCACAUAUGAAAGAUUUUGAAUACUCAUACAAGGUUUAUACUCCGUUGCCUAAAUUUGAAGAGAACGGAUUGAUUCUGAAAUUGGUUAUGCAUCCACAAAAGGCAGAAUACAUAGAUAUGGAAUUUAGUGGGAGAUUCAAAACGUACAAAAUAGGGCUACGAGCAAUUUCUGAACCAAAGCCCCUGUUAAUGCGACAACUUGGUGUUCAAAAAGCAUCUGGUAUUCUUGAGGAAUUCUUGGAGGAUUCGUUGAUUCCUGUCCAUAGCAAUGACGAGGAGGAGGAGGAAGAAGACGAAGAUGAAGAAGAAGAGUUGUUGAACCUGAUAGGGAAAGUAGAAAUCGACUCGAUCAUCUGGCCAACUAUUAUUGGAACCAUUGAUCUUGAGGAAUACAAAUCGAAGUAUUAUCUUAGCGGCAAGAUUAAAUUGCCUCAAGGUGAUAUUGAUGUGCGUGAUAGUUUUUGGUUAGAGGACUUGAUGAAUAUGAAAAAUACGAUGAAAGUGAAAACGCCGUUCCCAUUCAUGCGACAAGUACAGUCAGGAUUCGAACUUCGCGUACCUUACCCUACCAAUAAAUUCGUUGUUGGCCUCAACGUACUAGUUCUGAACGAAACAGAGUGGGUCAACACAGGAUUUCAUAUUUACUAUAACGUUUCGGAAGAUGAAUCGGAGACCAAGACACACCAUGCUGUAGUAAACCUGAUGACGCCAAUGGAGAAUUUGAAGAAAGUCCGUCUACAUGCAGUUCUUGACGUAGAAGAGCACGGAUAUAAAGCCAACUUGACUGCUAAAACAACUAAAACAGACGCGUCGAUAGCUGUUUCGUUUGAGAGUGAAGACCAGUUCAUAGAUUCCGCCUUAACGAUAUGGGUACGUGCUCCACUAAUGCCUUAUUAUGCAUGCAGAAUAUUUUACAAACAAGAUUUCGGAGGAUCUAGCAACUCGAUGGACAUGGGUUUUGUCGUACAUGAUGGUGACUUGUACAAUAAUUUCCGAUUGGAUGGUGCUUGGUCUAUGGCAGAGCCCCAUUUCCUCGUGGGCAAGGGGAAAUAUCAAUCAAACUUCCUGCCAAUUCAAAUGAUCGAUACAGAGGUGGCGAUCACUCGUGAACCAUACCCGAAGGCUCAACUCGAGAUGCGUUUCAACGAUAGUGAUGGCAUGUAUGAAUACAUCAGAGCCAAAGCAACGCGAAACCGAGAAAUGGUAACUUUAGAGCUGAGUGUUCCAAUUCAGGAAUAUCGCAACUUAUCGAUCCACGGUCGAUUACUAAGCAACGGCGGAGAUAGCUAUUCGGUCGAUGGACGGCUUUACAGAAACGAAGAAAUGUUCAACAUUGAGGGCGCUGCCACGAUCAUUAAUGAUAUUCCACAAAAUGUCGCAUUGGUGAUUAAACCGCUUGGAGAUGAAGAUGAAGGAGCAAUAAACUAUCAGUACACAGUAAUCGAUGGAGUUACUAGUUUUACAGCUAAAAUCAAUCGCGGAGAUAAGCAUGCUAGUAUCGACGGUAGCAUCAAGCUACAAGCUAUAGGCGACUGGAACUUCGGACUCAACAUCCAUUCAUCAGAGCCAGAAAUAUCUAGUGUUGAUUUUAAGGUCGGGAUCACACCUACCGAUGACAACAAGGCUUUAGGCACGUUCAAUCUGAAAUCACCUUGGGUACGCCACGGAAUUGAUCGCGCUAAUAUCUACAUGCUGUUCGAUGUCCAGCCAAUUUCGGGUUCGGUAACUGCGAAUUACAGCAUACCUUCCGUAUCGGGAGAUGCCAGCUGUUUAUGGAAUUGGCAUUUACUGCACAACAUGCAGUUUGCGUUGCACAAUCGUGUGAAAAGAACUGAUUCCGAUGGACGCUUCUUCCAAAUAGGAGUUCGGUAUCUAAGCCCUGAUUUGGAACGUAAUCAAAAUAUGACUUUUGGUGGCGAUUUGAACCUGAACAACAUCUGGAUAUUUAGCUCCAAUGCUUCUGUAACCUUCAUUUCUAUAUCGGACCUGUCCGGCGUUUUAAAAGUACGUCUACCGAAACCUGUUGGCGAUAUCCACACCUUAGCCGCCAGUAUGAAAGGUAACAUUCCUUUCCUUGAACCUGUCCGCACGCUCAACUUCGAGGCAUCUUACGAUACGGAGGAAUCGCACAAACGAUACGCUUGGCACUCGGAAUACAGCUUUGUGAACGACCUCAGGACUCUUCUUCGAUUUGAAUGGGGACCAAAUGUUCAAUCGCAACGUAUUCAGUCCAACAUAGACGUUUUCAGAAUCGGCGAGAAACGGGAAAUUUUCGCGAAACUUCGUGGCCCGUGGUAUUUGGAAGAUGCUUUCCGUGCGAUUGCUGUCUAUAACAUUGAAGAUGACCUCUACCUUGUAAAUGGAAAUAUUUCGAUGCCAGCUUCACGAAAAGUUGCCGAGGCGAAUGUGGCGUUUGCCAACCUUUCCAAUAUGAAGGGAGAUAUGAAUUGUACAACUCCAUUCCUGAACGUUACUUGGCUCCACGGACAAAUGGAAUUCAUAGAAAGUCCCUUAGAGUCCAUACGAUAUCUGAAAGCAUCAUGGCCAGAGUCAAGUGCCAUUUUCGAUGCGAAAUCUACAUAUAGAAUAAACAAUAUGGACCGCGAUCAACAAGGAACGAUAAAAGUGGAAAUACCGUUGCAGACUAGGCACUAUGCCGAAGUUAAAUACGGCUUAGCGGAGAGACCAGCUAUCACCACAGGACAUGCUGAAAUUGAUUAUAAUGAUAGGAAGGUUCUUAGUGGACAAUACACAUCGAAAAAAGAAUCAAGGACUGGAUUUGACAAAGAAACUGUUGAUGUAACACUGGAGAAUGAUUUCAAACCUGUGGGUGUCCACUAUGUGCACACUACUAAGCUUUUGAAGGAUAACUACAAGGAAAUGGAUACCAAACGGGCAGAAGUGUUCGAGUUGCGAAACCAGAAGAAAUUCAAUAUAACCGGAGAGCUGCAGAUCACUACCCGCGACACUGGCAGGGAGUACGUCAUUACUGCUGUUCAUCCGAACCGAACGGUCGUAUUGACAGCCGAUUUUGAUGCCGAGGGAGAAACUAUGAAACAGAAAUCCAAACUACAGUUGUCGCCUACUCGCUGGAUAGCUUACGAAUUUCAUCUAACAAACUUGUCCAAAGCAGACAAUGAAUCGCGGAAAUUCAGACUGGAGGUUUCCUAUCCGCGCAGGAACCUCUCCGCUGACGGAUGGUACUCGGUUACGGAGAAUGCCUUCGACUCGGAUGUAUCGUUGCAGUAUACCCCGAAUAAGACGAGUGACAGUGAUGAUCUUUCGCCUAGAACGGUGAAAGGAGCUGUUAAGUGGGCAGAUGAAUCGGCUGGUGAAGUGACGAAACAGACAUUGUUGGUCUUAUUGGGGCAUCCUACGUUUGAGCAGGACAUCACAGUGAAAGGUGCCUAUUACUCGGAUGAAACGGACCUCCUGAAGACAAAUUUGGAUAUUAGCUAUACCCAAUCGGAGACUCACCAUAUAUCGAUAGGGUUCAACGCUAAAGAUUUGACACCUACAGUUAGGUACAGAAAUUACUCGUACCACUUGUUCGGUGCACACGACGCGUCCGAUUUGGAUUUAGAUUCGAUUGGUUCCGUGGGUCUUCGGUUAGGUUUAUAUGAAGUGGACACCAACUCGCACUACAAGCGAGGUUACCUUUCUCGAAUGGAAGGCUAUACGACUGGAAAGGUGGAUGUUAAACAAAGGGAAAUUUUACUAGAGAAAAUGACUUCACACAGUAAUUAUCGUUUGUGGGGCAAAGCAUCUGGUAGCUAUCCAAUUUAUAUGAUAAAUGGAAGCUUAUUGGACGGGCCGGAACAGGACGCGGUCGGGUUCUUCAUCAUAGAUAUAGACGACAAAAUGGUACACAUGAAAAUUAACAUGACACCAGAUGCUACCGAGAAUAUCUACAUGUACGGAAUCAUCCCAGAUUCUAGAAGCGCCUAUUUUGAUUUCUGGCGCGACUAUGAUACCGCACGGGAAGUCGACGUUGCUUACUACUUGAAGAUGAACCAUUCCCGUUUGGUUACAAGCAAACUGUUGUGGAGGCCGGAAAUUCGUUCCGAUCUGCGCAAUUUGGUUCGAAACUACUUCACCGCUAUGCACACAUCGUUCACCGAUGCGGUGGAGUUCUGGAUCAAGCAAAUCUACAGCGAAUCGAAGGAUUCUGUGAACGGAAUGUGGGACGCGGCGCAUCCCUACAUGGAGGGAUUCUUGGAAGACGUUUCUGGAUUGAACGUCAUACAAGAUGACCUGGAGGAUUUGCGUCAGUUCUUGAACGCCUCUUAUGUGGCAGAUGAUUUCUAUAUUCGCUCAGUGAUAAACUUUACGAUAACUGUGCUGGAUGAGUUGGCCCUCAAGAACAAAAUAACUUCACUGCCAAAGAUUUUGACCGAGUUUUGGCAAGUCAUGGGCGACUCCGGACAAGCACUGAAGAAGUCCAUUCAAUGGCUGCUGGAAACGAUCAAGGAGUCUUAUCAGAGGGUGGUUGACGUGUUUGGAAGAAUCCUACAAGGGGACUCAAUGAAGUAUUUGUCUGAAGUGUUGGAAACAUCAGUUCAACGAUACGAUAAGUUCAUUAAAGAUCUUCAUUUGCAGUUCAUAAAGCACGUACAAGAGAUGUGGAAAAAGAUGACUGAUGUCAUCACUUCGUACUGGCAGCGUAUGUUGCAAAAUAUCGAACCUUCAGUAAUCAAAUUAGCGCACUACGCCGAAGCGAUGACUUGGCAUAUUGGUCAUGAAGUUUUUUCAUUCCUGUACAACAAAACUCAAGAGAUAGCCGAGUCUCCAUAUUUCACCAAAGUAACAAACUUCACGCAAGACUUGGACACACUUUAUAAGGAUUUCGUACAAAACGACAUCAUAACCAACACUAAAAAGUACGGUUCCAUUGUAAUCCGUUUCGUGAAGGAAAAGUUCUUCCGUCUGGUGCCAUUCGGUCGUGAACUCAAUCAAGUAUUGACGGAGCUGUGGGAAGAAAUCAAACAGCUGCAAAAGUUGGAAUAUGUUCAGUUCGUCUUGCAGCGGGUCAAUGAAGUGCGUUCCAAAGCCGAAUGGCUAGCUGAAGAAUUCCAACUUGAAAGAAGACUGCACCAAUUGUGGGGUAUCGUUAGGAAUAAAUUAGGCAGAAUAGCCCAAACUGCGUUACAGGCAGAGAAUCGCUACCGUGAAGCCAAGACAAAGUUCAUUUUCGAUCCUGAUCAUGGCAUUAUGGAGCUUGAGCAAAAACUGCCCAUGUCGUGGCACGCAUUCAACGAAACGCCAAAGUUUGACGAAAUACCCGAGUACAAAUUCCUGACCGACAUCCAAGAUUUCUUCGCGGGCAGUAAUACCACAAUCUGGACGCUUUAUUGCGAGUUGAAACCCUUCACAGACACAAAAAUGUGGUUACCACCGUUCAAAGCCAAUUCGCUUCUCAUCGGAUCCAGACAUUAUAUGUCCUUUGAUAGGCGAUUCGUUUCAAUGGACUUACAGGAUUUGCUCAAGGAUGGUCAAACGAAUCAAUGUUCCUAUGUGCUGGCUCACGAUUUCUACAAUCGAUCAUUCACCCUGUUGCUGGAACCAUCGGUGUUGCGUGAAUCUGGAAAGGCGUCACGGAAGAUUACACUACUUACUGACGAACAUGUGCUUGAAGUAGACGUUAUGGAUGCUUCCGUAAAAGUCGACCGUAAUGUUACAACUGCCCUGCCAGCUCAAAUCGACGAUACUGUGGUUUAUCAAGAAGCAGAUCUUUUGGUGGUACAAUCCUACAAAGGAUUUAAGCUCACUUGCAGUCUACAGUAUCACAUGUGUUCAUUCGAUCUUAGCGGAUGGUACUUUGGCAAGACAGCUGGCAUACUGGGAACAAUGAACAACGAGAUAUUUGAUGAUUAUCUUACUUCGGAACACAAGUUUGCCAUCUCCAAGGAACAGUUCGUCAAUAGUUGGACACUUCCAGGUUGCGAAGCUAACGUACAAGCCACAAACCAUACACACAAUUUCCUAUCGGUUUCUAACGAACUCAGUCAACUAUGCGAUUCGUUCUUCCGGCAGAAGCAUUCGUACUUUGCCUCAUGUUUCCCGAUAGUUGACACAACGCCUUUCUAUGAAAUGUGUCUCGAUUUAGGCCAUCAUCUGGAUAGUGACUCUAAUGAUCCAUCGAACAAAGGUGCCUGUACAGCUGCCCUUGCUUAUAUGGAAGCCUGUAUUUUGGAAGACAUGCCUCUACGAGUCCCAGACUCGUGUGUGUUCUGCAAGCUGAUCAACGGAUCUUAUGUCCCAGAGGGUGCCUUUGUACCUAUGAAAGAUAACGAGAUCCCCCAGACGACCGAUGUGGUGUUCAUUGUAGAGGCCAAACCAUGUAAUCAAAAUAUAACCACUUCAAAGAGCAUUGUAGCUAUGGUACAAACUCUUCAUAAAGAGCUCCAAGAACUGAACAUCACCGAUAAUCGUUACUCGGUAGUAGCAUUCGGAGGAAUGUCGCCAUUCGACAAGGCUAGAAGCGUUGUUGUAAACGACAAUGUUUUCGUAUCGCAUGAGUACAUUGAACCAUUCUUCAAUCACAUUGCUACGGCUUCCGGAGCUAACGAUGAUAUAUUCGAUGCGAUCAUUGUGGCAUCGAAGUUAGUUUUCCGACCUGGAGCUUCCAAAACGUUUAUCCUCAUGCCUUGUUCGAAGUGUUCCAGUUCCAGCAUGAAACUUGAUUACUCCUCCGUUCUGCAACUGCUGUUGGAAAACGGAAUUAAGCUUCACAUUCUCGCCGACCACGAUAUCGAAUUCGACAAGUCUCGAGUGUCGCGGAUGUUCUUCGGAAUGGAUAGCUACAAAGCGUACACCAAAAAGGACCUUAAAGAUCUGAUCGGAGAUACUGACCUUCGUAAGCAAAUUCGACUGCCCAAGGCUACCCUGGGCAGUUGCGCUGCUUUGGCCCUGGAAACUGACGGAUCGGUAUUUGGUGGCCGCAAGCUUCGACCAGAACGUCGCAAUCCGACUAAGAAAUUCAUAACAGUGUUUACGAAACGCGUUGCAAGUACGGCCCUGUCGACGUCCUGCCAAACCUGCGAAUGCACCGGACACAAUACGGGCGUUUCGUACAUGUUGUGUUUGCCGUGUACUUAUCCAUCGGCGUUCAGCCUAGAUCACGAAAGGAUGAGCGAAGACGAACUGCUAUCGGUUCUGCAGCCGGAUCACGACUGGGAUUGGGAAGAGGAUGAUGAACUUCUAUGAACAUAUUUGUCGUCUGAGAAGUUAAAAAACAGCCAUGACAGCUCUUUAAGUAUAUUCUAAGUAUAUCAGCUGUAGAUAAAUUAUAUUCUAAAACAUU